AGGUGCAGUUGAGCCUACAUACAAGCUUUACAUUAUGAUCACUACUGCCAAUGCCAACAUCAUUUAUCAUACGUGUAAUGUGUUGAUGAAGUUAUACUGUGCAUUCAUGUUGAUAAGUAACAUAGGAGGGAGUCAAUAUUGAACAAAAAUAUAUUGCUGAGAAGGUUUCUGAUUUACUCAAGAAAUGAAUAUUCCUGAAAAUAGAAGGUGGAUGGAUAAUAGAGUGGAUUGUCAUAGAAGUAUCACAGAAGAAUUUAUUGUCGGAAUUAAUGAAUUUGUGAAUUUUGCUUUGGAACACGAUGAACAUGAUAUUGGACAAGGGAAGAUUAGGUGCCCUUGUAAGAAAUGUAAGUGUAGGAGAUAUGAAACACCUAACUUAGUAAGGGUGCAUCUUUGCAAGAAAGGAUUCAUGGCUAACUAUUAUCAUUGGACAAAUCAUGGUGAACCAAUACCCCCAAUUCCUCCUAUGGUUGCAGAUCAAUCAUACUAUGCUAGUAAUGGGCCUAGGGAAAUGUUUGAUAAUUAUGAACAAUUGGUCAUGGAUGUUGCUGGACCAGAAAUUGGCACCCACCUUGACCAACAUGAUGAUGACAACAACAACAUAAUGAUGGAAGAUCCAAAUGUAGAGGCACAAAAAUUCUUUCAAAUGUUAAAGGAUGCACAAUCUCCUUUAUGGGAUGGUUGUGAUAAAUAUUCUAUUUUGUCUGCUUCUUUAAGAGCUUUAACUUUGAAAACAGACUAUGGUUUAUUUGAAGGAUGUCUUAAUGAAUGGAUGCAAUUUAUGGGGGAUAUAAUGCCAGAUGACAAUCGUUUGCUUAAAAAUAUUUACCAAGCAAAGAAAACAGUUGCUAAAUUGGGGUUAGGAAGUAUGAAAAUUGAUUGUUGUCCAAGUGGAUGUAUGUUGUACUACAAGGAAAAUGAGAUGCUCCAAAAUUGUAAAGUUUGUCAAAGGCAGCGAUAUAAACGUUUUACAAGACGAGGUAAGGACAAAGUAGUGCCACUUAAAAGUAUGUGGUACUUCCCGCUUGUUCCUAGGUUGAAACGAUUGUAUUCUUCAAUGCAAACAGCUCAUGAAAUGAAAUGGCAUCAUACUCAUCAAAGAGAACCUAGUUCUUUGUCUCAUCCCUCAGAUGCAGAAGCUUGGAGACACUUUGAUGAAACAUGGCCUGAUUUUGCUCAAGAGCCUCGAAAUGUUCGAUUAGGGUUGUGUGCUGAUGGCUUUGCUCCAUUUGACAAAACUGGUAGGACUUAUUCUUGUUGGCCUAAAAAUUAUAUUUAUAAUAUAUAUAUAAUUUUACUACCGUUUAUUCUCUAA